CUUACUACUUCUAGUAUGCUAAAAAUGCUUGGGCGUAAGCGCAUUUGUAAUCCCCUUCCACACCUCAAACCACCCUCUAAAUCGCUAUAAUAUGAGAAGCUUCACUGGAUGCUGGACAUGUCGACUCCGGCGCAAGAAAUGUGAUGAGAGACAACCCGUUUGCGACGGAUGUUCCUCGCUCCAAAUCACUUGCCACUAUGGGUCGGAUAAACCGGAGUGGAUGGACGGCGGAGCAAGGCAAGAACAGAUGGUAGCAAGCAUCAAAAGAGAGGUCAGAGAUCAAGCAUAUCGUCGCCGCGAAGGCCGAGCCGCAAACAUCUCCAUUCAAAACGAUGGAUUCAUAAUACAACCAAGCGUGAAUCCCAACUUAGAUGCCGCCGCCGUGAGCGAGCAUUCAUCAUCAUCAUCACCCACCAACAAUGGCGAAACGGGCACUUCUUCGUCCCGUGAGACGCCUCAGAUGAUAUCGCCGGAUCGCGCAACGGACCUCACGUAUAUCAGCAGCGACAUAGGUGGGCAAUUGCCGAACAAUCAGCCCUGCAGCGUUCUCCUCUGGUUCUACAUCGAGCACUUGCUGCCCUUCUUAUUCCCCUUUUACCGACCAUGUCCGCUCCGUGGAGGCAGAUCAUGGAUUCUGGAGAUGAUGAUCAGCAGUCCUGUAGUCCGACAGGCCACGCUGUGCCAGAGUUCGUACUUCUACUCCCUUGCGAGAGAGACUUCCCAGUGUAGCGUCAUUUGGGACACCGUGCUCGAGCAGACGCGAAGUGCUUUCGACAUCCUGUCACAGGCGUUGCGAGUGAUCGACGGUGAGGACAUCAACGACCAUCUCCGCGGCGCGGUCCGCAUCAUGGCGAGCAUCAUGCAAGUGCAGCGGUUCGAGAUCACUGUCCUGAGCUUCGACAAUUGCCAGGCGCACCUCGAUGCCGCGCUGGCGCUGUUCAAACAGCUUCUUGAAAGUCCGGGGCCUAUUGUAUCUGCUCGAGUCAACUUUGAAGAUGUUAUGGAACGCCUGGGUCCUUCGUCGUGGAUGCUGCCGACUUCGUGCAUACAAGUUCCCAGCGCUGAACAGGCAGCACUACGAUUUUCCUCCGCCUUGCUGAUACUCGACGACAUCAUCGCGAGCACAGUACACCAGGAGAAACCCAGGCUAUCCGAGCACCACCGCAGUCUCCUAGAUUCCUCCUGCACUUCGGAACCCCCCAUCGACUUGGAAUCCGUCGUCGGCUGCCAAAACUGGGCGCUCCUCUCCAUCAGCGAAACCGCCUCCCUCUCGCACUGGAAGCACCAAAGCAACCGCUCUGGAACUCUCGACGUCAUCGACCUCGUCCAGCGCGCCACCACCAUCCGCGACUCCCUCGAAGCCAACCUCCGAGCACUCGAAAACGCACCGGUCCCCCCGCCAGACGCAUGCGACAACCUCUUCACCGUCUUCAUCGCCGGAGAGCCCGCGCGACCUGUCCGCCAGACGCCCCUCGUGACGCGCGUGUGGGCCCACGCCGCGCUUUUGUACCUCUCCAUCGUGGUGUCCGGGUGGCAGCCUGCGAAUGUGACAGUUCGCCAUCACGUGGGUUGUAUCAUUGACAUCCUCGCGCAUGAGCUGUCGCCGCAAGCGCUGAUAAGGACGAUGGCCUGGCCGCUGUGCGUGGCGGGAUGUCUUGCGGAGAGUGCUCAAGAGGGGAGGAUUAGAGAUCUGGUGGAUGGGCUGCGGCCGCAUAGCGUGUUUGGCUCGACGAGGAAGGCGCUGGAGGUUAUGGAGGGCGUUUGGCGGAGUAGAGGCGCCAUUGACGCCGGGAACUUUGAUUUGUCGAUGUGUUUUGGGGGUCAGGGGAAUUUGGUGUUGCUUGUAUAACGUCCAGUGCAAAGCAUGUGGGUGUAUAUCAUAGACUUGAGAAGUGAUCUGUGUUUUGGUUUUCGAUAGAAGGUGUUAAGGUAGUCUAAGUACACUUAACCCCUAUUCUGUAUGAGCAAGCCCAUCUACUUGAACGAAACAUAACCCUUAUCCUUCACAAACGUAGCCUCCCACGGCAAAUCACCCUCAUGGCUCGCCAACUGUGCAUAAAACUCCGCAUGAGCCGGCCCAUCAAUCGCAGUCCCCUUCAC